AUGGCCCUCCCUGGCCCCCCAUCUCUGGGACCGAGGUGCCAGGGUCCUGGCCCAACUGGCAUCUCACCAGCAGUGGUGUCGCCCACCACGUUAUCCCACCCGCGCCCUUUCCCCCGCCCACUCUCCAGGGCCAGGGAACCUGCGUGCCUGGAACUGGAGGGAGGAAAGGGCCGGGCCGCCUGGGAGAGAUCAGGGCUGGAGGGCCGGACGCCUGAGUGUUUUAAGCUCACGUCCGCUCUUUCUGCCCAGCCCACGGUGGCGGAGCCCCUGCCCCCAGCCGCAAAGCAGGAUUUGCACCUCUGGGCUUUUGACGAGGUCAUCAACAGAUGGGAGACAACCUAUGGCUCGGCUCACGUGCGCAAGACCCACGGCGGGCCCUAUGCGCAGGCCAGAGCCCCAAAGGCUGCGGACCUCAGGCAGGUUGUGGGGAUCAAGGAUUUAGGGGAAAAGCUCAGAUACCGCGGCUGGGGCCUCCCGCUGAUCACACAACACCAGUGCAGUGAGAUGCGGGCCAAGUACACCCGCUGGCCGUGUCUGGACCAGAGCGCCACCUUCUACAUCGGGCCGCAGCCCCUCGGGGGCCUCCACCUCGGGGGCCCUUACCAGGCUCUAAUCCCCUGGAUGCAGAACCACGAGCUGGCCGGCCGGCCUUUCAAAGUAUCGGGCCAGGGCACCCUGGAUCGCUAUCAGUUCUAUCUGACCACCUCGGCCCGGGACUUCCGAGCCUACCCCAAGAAGGAGUUGCUCGGAUACCCCCGCAGGGACUCGCUGACCUGCUGGAGCUUCGAGGAGACGCCCAAAGCCUGGGGCCACUGCCCCCAGCAGCCGCCCUGUCCGCGGUCCUCUCGGCUGCCCCAGCCUCCGCGGAUCCGCGUGCCCCGAGCCCGCCCAGUGACCCCAGCUGUGCCGCACCGCGGGGCGCUGUCUCUGGUUCAGGAGUCCUACAGCCCCCCGCUGCACCCGCUCCGUCGGCUUGACCGCUUCUGUCCCCUGGAGCUGCCCUGGAGCGGCCCCCACUGGAAGCCUGUGCCGGGCAUCUACAGCGUGCCGCAAGCCUACCGCACCGAGAGCUCCGCCUACGGCAGCCUCGAGCCCGCGCUCGUCUGA